UAACUGAACUAGGUUGGGUGUGCUGCUGUCUUCUGAGAGUUCAGAUAGCUUCCCUCCGUUCUGCUCCCGUCUAUAUUUAUCAGGCCUGCUCACCAUAAAAGGACGCGUCUGCGGCUUGGCCAUUCCGCCCAGUGCCAAUAUUAUUUUUGUUGAGUAGACGGCUGCCCUGUCCUCUGCUACCGCACCUACCUGCGGAGUUGCCUGGAUAUCAAGCGUUGUUGGCUUACACCUGGAGUUGGAUCACUUUUUUCCUUUGCUAGCAGCAGCAGUUGGUAGCUUUUUUGGCCUAGCUAAGCCGACAGACAGGCAGACUACAAGAGACUCGGGCUGAAUUCAGGGCUUGUGCAGGAUGUCGGGAUCCACACCUUUCUACCAGAAACAUCACCGCCACUAUGACCGUGGUUACCGCAGCAAGGAGUUGGAAUCGGCUGUUAGCCAGUACCAGUCAAGCAGCAGCAGCAGCAGCUAUGCCGCCCGUCGGAGCAGCAGCAGAGCCAGUGCCAGUGCCGCUCUCAGUGCCAGCAGUGGACAUGUCGUUGCACUGCAUGAACGAACGACGCCUAUCCCUUGUAGCUACACCAGACUUAGUUCCUCAUACUCUGGCCUGGAGGAGAGCAGACUGAGCCCAAUGCCCAAGAGAGCCAAGCCCACCUACCUGGCUAUGGACAAAGAGAACCAGAUUAUCGGCUAUGUAGUGCCCAUCUUCAGGGGCAGUCAGGAAUAUGCCAGUGGGUUUUCGGAUACUGAGGAGGCCCGGGUGAAGGAGAGUGCUGGAUACAUGGCCCGGAGGAAUCUGUUCACCAGUGGGUUGGAGAUGGAGCGGACGGAGCAGACGUCUAGGAAGGUGUCCAUGCGCGAAUCAGCCGAGCGCAUCUCCCUGAGCAAGAGGAUCUAUGAGAACGAGGAGCACCACAAGCGUAUGAACAAGGAUAGCCUGAUGCACGCCCCAGAGUUUGUGAUUAAGCCUCGCUCCCACACGGUGUGGGAGAAGCAGUGUGUCAGGCUGCACUGUACUGUCUCUGGGUGGCCUGACCCACGGGUUGUCUGGUACAAAAACAAUGUGACAAUCGACCCAAUGGCCCACCCAGGCAAGUAUAAGCUAGAGAGCAGCUACAACGUGCACUCAUUGGAGAUCAACAGAUGUGAUUUCGAUGAUACUGCACAGUAUCGUGUUUCUGCCAUGAACAGCAAGGGAGAGCUCUCCUCCUUUGCCUCCAUCGUUGUUAAGAGAUUCAAAGGAGAAGUAGAGGAGGCUCUCCCCAUGCCCAGACAUGGCCUGAUCUCUGAGUAUGGCAUCACCUUUGAUACCCACAUCGUGGACGGGUUUGGCGUGUCGUUCGGACGGGAGGGCGAGACCAUGAGCCUGGGCGCCACAGUCAUCAUCUCCCCCAACCUGGCACGCUACCAGCCUGAAGUUCAGUGGUACAGAGAUGAUGUUCUUCUGCAGCCCUCCAAGUGGUGUCACAUGCACUGGAGUGGAGACAAGGCCACACUGACCCUGACACACCUGAACAAGGAGGACGAGGGUCUCUACACCCUGCGCAUCACCACCAAGUCUAAAUACGAGACCUACUCUGCUUACGUCUUUGUCAGAGAUGCCGAUGCGGAGGUGGAGGGAGCCCCUGGCGCCCCUCUGGAUGUGAAGUGUCAGGACGCCAAUAAGGAUUACGUCAUCGUGACCUGGAAGCAGCCGGCUGUGGAUGGUGGCAGCUCCAUCCUGGGCUACUUUGUGGACAGGUGUGAGGUUGGCACCACCCACUGGAGCCAGUGCAACGACACGCCCAUCAAGUUUGCCCGUUUCCCCGUGACCGGGUUGGUGGAGGGGCGCUCCUACACAUUCCGUGUGCGUGCCGUCAACAAGUCUGGCAUGAGCCGGCCAUCCCGUGUCUCUGAGGCGGUGGCAGCCAUGGAUCCUGCCGACCGCGCGCGAAUGAGAGGUACCUCUGCACCCUGGACCGGCCAGAUCAUUGUCACUGAGGAGGAGCCUGCAGAGGGCGUGGUCCCCGGCAAACCCAAAGAACUGGAGGUCACCGAGGCCACCAAGAACUAUGUGGUCCUGAGCUGGAAACCCCCUGGGGAGAGAGGCCACGAGGGCAUCAUGUACUAUGUGGAGAAGUGUGUGUCAGGCACAGACAGCUGGCAGAGGGUGAACACUGAGAUCCCAGUGAAGUCUCCUCGCUUCGCCCUGUUUGAUCUGGCGGAGGGAAAGGCCUACAGCUUCCGUGUGCGCUGCUGCAACUCCGCUGGCGUUGGCGAGCCAUCAGAAGCCACCGAGGCCACCACUGUCGGGGACAAGCUGGAUAUCCCGUCUGCCCCAGGCCGUGUGGUUCCCACCAGGAACACAGACACGUCCGUGGUUGUGUCCUGGGAGGCUUCCAGGGACGCUAAGGAGCUGGUGGGAUACUACAUCGAGGCCAGCAUCGUGGGUAGCAACAAGUUUGAGCCAUGUAACAACAAGCCUGUCAAAGGCACCAGGUUUAUCUGUCACGGUCUGGUGACAGGAGAGAGCUACGUGUUCAGAGUGAAGGCACUGAACGCCGCUGGGCUCAGCGAGUGUUCUCAGGAGUCUGAGGCUAUUGAGGUGAAGGCUGCUAUUGGGGGCGGUAUUCCUCAUGGUGUGUUGCCGGAGUGGGAGUUACCAAGGGGUGGUAACGUGGGCGGACUAACCAAGCACACGCCACGCUGGACGGGCACGCAUGAGGCCGUUCAGUACCCCCCUUACACUAUGCUAAAGCUCAAUGCUCAAACUGGCAGUGUGCCUGGCCCAGGGGCCGGAGCUGGGGCAGGGGCCACUAGCUCAAGCCCCUCAGGCCCCUCAGGCUCUUCAGGGCCCCUGGCAACAGGAAGUAAAGACAAGGGGGGCAAGAGAGGCAGUGUGACCUGGGCCCCUGACCUGGUCACAGAAUCAGUCACAGACUCUGUCACAGAGGCCACGGAUGAGGUUAAAGGUCAGGCUAAGGUGCCUGAGGCCGGGAAAACACGUAAGUCCUCUGUAGAUGUUUCAGCCAAACGGGGGACACAGAAAGAAACAGCCCACAACGUGGUCUGGCCCAGGACAGACCCAGACCCAGCGUCCCCUACUCCACCCUAUGGCAUUAGCGUUCUGGAGUGCGUGCGGGACUCUAUGGUGCUGGCCUGGAAGCAGCCCACCUUCAUCGGAGGCGCUGACAUCACCGGCUACUUCGUGGACUACCGAGAGGUCAUCAAUGGGGUGCCAGGGACAUGGCACGAGGCCAACGUCAAGUCUGUCAGCGACAGAGCCUACAGAGUGUCUGACUUGAAGGAGAACAGGAAGUACCAGUUCCAGGUGCGUGCUGCCAACAUGGCAGGCGUGGGCAUCCCUUCUCUGCCCAGUGGAACGUUUGUCUGUGAGGAGUGGACCAUUGCUGUGCCAGGACCUCCCCAUGAUCUGCAGGUGACAGAGGUGCGCGCCAACACUCUGGUGUUGCUUUAUAAGCCACCAGUGUACCAGGGCCGUGACCCAGUCAACGGGUUCUACAUCGACAUCAAAGAGGCUGAUGCUGAGGAGGAGGCUUGGAGAGGAGUCAACGAGAAGGCUAUCCUCACUAACUACAUGAAGAUUAAGAUUCUAAAGGAGGGGGAGACCUAUGUGUUCCGUGUGCGUGCUCAGAAUAAGGCAGGUGUGGGAAAGGCUUCUGAGCCCACAGAACCAGUCCUGGCCGAAACCAAACCAGGCACUACGGAGAUUGUUGUGGACGUUGAUGAUGAUGGAGUGAUCUCCAUGAACUUUGCCUGCUCCAACCUGACUCCAGACUCCAAAUUUGUGUGGUCAAAGAACUACGAAGAGAUCACAGACGAUACUCGUAUUACUGUGGCGACCAGCGGGGGGAAGUCCAAAGCCACCUUCAAUAUGCUUGCGGAGGAUGACAUCGGCAUUUACUCUUGUGCUGUCACCCACACCGAUGGUGCUGGCUCCAGCUACACUCUCUCAGCAGAGGAGUUGAAGAAACUGCUGGAGCUCAGCCACGACCACAAAUUCCCCAUUAUUCCAUUAAAGACAGAGCUGGCUGUUGAGCUGCAGGAGAAGGGCCGAAUUCGCUUCUGGCUGCAGGCUGAGAAGAUCUCUGCUAAUGGCAAAAUAGAAUAUGUGUUUAACGACAACAGUCUCUCCCAGGGAGAGAAAUACAAGAUGAACUUCAACAAGGACACAGGUGUGAUUGAGAUGAUCAUGGAGUCUCUGCUCCCAGAGGAUGAGGGAACCUUCACCUUCCAGCUGCAGGACGGAAAAGCAACCAACCAGUCCAGCCUGGUGCUCAUUGGAGAUGUGUUCAAGGGGCUGCAGAAGGAGUCUGCGUUCAUGCGCAAAGAAUGGCACAGAAAGCAAGGUCCUCACUUUGUGGAGUAUCUGAGUUAUGAAGUGACCCCAGAAUGUUGUGUUAUCCUGAAAUGCAAGGUUGGGAACAUAAAGAAAGAGACUGUUGCAUUGUGGUACAAGGAUGGGCGCGAGGUCAAGGGAGAUGAGAAACUCACCUUCACCGAGGGAGUGCUCAAACUGGAGAUUGCUCAGAUCUCAAAGAAGGAUGCCGGUGUCUAUGAGAUAGUUCUGAAGGAUGACAGAGGGCAGGACACAUCCACGUUGAAUCUGACAGAACAAGGUUUCAGGGACUUGAUGAAUGAAGUGUUCAGUAAUAUUGCCAACUCCUCCACUGCACUGAAGAUCCAGAGCACAGACGAGGGCAUCAGACUCUACUCCUUUGUCAGUUACUACAACGAGGCGCUCCAGGUCACCUGGCACCACAAGGAUUCAGCGAUAGCCUUCACAGACCGCAUUAAGAGUGGUGUGGUGGGAGAGCAGCUGUGGCUACAGAUCACAGAGCCCACAGAGAAAGACAAGGGCAAAUACGCCAUCGAGUUCCAUGAUGGAAAGGACGGUCUGAAGAGGACUGUAGAGCUGUCUGGCCAGGCAUUUGAUGACGCAUAUGCAGAAUUCCAGAGGCUCAAAGCGGCCGCUAUUGCAGAGAGAAAUCGUGCUCGUGUGGCAGGAGGCCUGCCUGAUGUCGUCACCAUACAGGAGUUAAAGGCCCUGAACCUGACCUGUAACAUUUCGGGCGAACCCCUGCCUGAGGUCGUCUGGCUGAAGAACGAGAGGGAGAUUGUGUCUGAUGGCCACUACGUUAUGAAGCUCGAGGCGGGCAAGUACGCCAGCUUCACCAUCACCACGGUGAACACGGCAGACUCGGGCAAGUACAGCAUCCUGGUGAAGAACAAGUACGGCACAGAGAGCGCCGACUUCACCUUGGUUGUAACAGAAGGCAAAGGGGACUUGGGAGUGACCUCCUAUUUGACUGAUGCUGAUGGGAACGUGAUCAUUGGGUGUAAAAGCAGACCUACCACCCCAACAGAGAGGAGGAAGUCAGUCACUGGGAAGAAAAUGCAGAAGAGAAAGGAUUCCGUAAUCCUCCAGAAGCCACCAGAGGAAAAGGAGGGGAAGAAGAUGGAGGACAAAACUGAUGCUUUGCCAAAAACCACAGACAAGAAAAAGGCUGCCCCUGCUGUUGCAAGCAGGGUCGGCAAGCAGGAGACCCUGCAGCAGCCCAUAACUACAGCAGAUGAGGCGAAGCCAGAUGAUGUCCCCACAUCUGAGAAACCGGCAGAGAAACCACAGAUUAACAAGGGCAAAAACGAUCAAGAUGAGUGAUGAUCAGAAAGCUGGUUACAUAAGUGAAAUAGUUAUUUUGGAGUUUGAUGUGGUUUACACGUCUUGCAUGACUGAUGUGUGUCUUUCAGCAUCACUGAAACAACACUGGAAUAACUGUUUUCCUCCCAAACAUUGUAAUUCACUCAUCAUUUUCUUUAAAGGCCCAGUGCUGUCAAAAUGUCCACGAAUGAAACUAACACUCAAAAAACUGGAUCUGUGUAAUUUCCUGAUAGUUUCUGUGAGAAAACACAAUCUACACAGGACUUUCUAAUCAGCAGCUUUGAAUGAGCAGGCAUUUCGGCUUUCCAUUGUGACAUCCACAUGCUGUGAAUUUAAUAGAGCAGUAACAAAGAGAAUUCCAAAUCUCCCUGCCAAUAACAGCUAGUUUUCCGUUUUCCCCUCCCCCUCAGACCACCCCCAAGCAGUCCUAGCGAAAUUCUUGCUUGAGAAAUAUACUGAACAAAAAUAUAAACGCAACAUGUAGAGUGUUGGUCCCAUGUUUCAUGAGCUGAAAAAAAGAUCCCAGUAAUUUUACAUAUGCACAAAAAUCAUAUUUCUAUCAAAUGUUGUGCACAAAUUUGUUUACAUCCCUGUUAGUGAGCAUUUCUCCUCCGCCACAAUAAUCCAUCCACUUGACAGGUGUGGCAUAUCAAGAAGCUGAUUAAACAGGGGACAAUAACAGGCCACUCUAAAAUGCCACAGAUGUUUCAAGUUUUGAGAGAGCAAUCAAUUGACAUGCUGACUGCAGGAAUGUCCACCAGAGCUGUUGACAGAGAAUUUAAUGUUAAUUUGUCUACCAUAAGAAACCUCCAAUGUCGUUUUAGAGCAUUUGGACAGCUGAUGAAACUGAGGAGUAUUUCUGUCUGUAAUAAAGCCCUUUUGUGGGAAAAACCUGUUUUCGUUGGCUAGGCCUGGCUCCCCAGUGGGUGGGCCUGGCUCCCCUGCCCAGUCAUGUGAAAUCCAUAGAUUAGGGCCUAAUUCAUUCAUUUCAAUUGCAUAUGAACUGUAAAUCACUAAAAUUGUUGAAAUUGUUUAAUGUAGAGUUGAUAUUUUUGUUCAGUAUAGUUUCUUUGCUAAAUGGAAAUAUUUUACAGUUAAGUACUUAAUUGUACCCAGAAAUGAUUUGAUAUUGAUAUAAAAACGGCUGCAUUGGGUCUUUAAGAGCAGGGACGAUUAGAAUACAGAGUGAGGGAUGUCAUUUUGUAUUACAAUGUAUAAUUCAAACAUGUAGGCUGCGCUAUUAACUUGUAGCUCAAAGGAAGGCCCACAAAAAAGGCCUAAUUUGCAUAGUCUUCAAAUCUUUAACCUUUGGUGGUGUUAUUACUUGCAUUUUUUUUGCCUUCAAGAUUGAUUAUAAUGCAGUAAUAGGCCACUUUAAGACACCUGAGAUUGGGAAUGAUAUAUGUAAAACAGGAGUAUGUGUAUUGAGGGAUACACAACUGACAGACUUUUAAACAAACAUUAGUUUCUCAUGCACAGCCCUUAUAUAAAUCAAAGACACCAAAGGAAUUAUAUGGGUCUAUACGCAAGAGAGGAAGUGAAUGACAAACGAAACGUGAAUACCUGAAGUUAACCAGAGCAGAGUAAAAUCACAGCAAGGUCAAAUAUUAGAACAUGUCACUCAGUUCACCCAAUUAGCUUGGAGGCAACAUCCAAAUGGAACAGAGAAUUGGACCACCAAAUAAAAUGUUCCUAAUUUUAUUUUUUAACAUUUAAAUUAAUAUCACUUGACGAAUGGAAGCUUGUAAUUCAUACACGAUUAUCGAGGAGAUUGCAUGGGCCACUUCUCUUCACUGGUAUAAUUGUUGGAAAUAGCGCAUUUCUCUGCAUCGUGUUAUGUUUGGUGGCCUGUAGGCCUGCACAAUACGGUGUGAUAACAAUUAAAAAUAAUACAAGGUUACAUUGUAAA